AAAGCCCCAGAGUGAGUCAUGAUUCCCCUAAACGCUUCAGACAGCAGAGCUGAUCCAGCAGCACGGGUCCAUGAGUCUCUAUCAGAGCCGGUCUGAAGGUCUGAAGGUCUCUCGGAGUACCCCGGUCCUCCUGCGGUGACUGCCCCUCGGCUCUGCGGGCUCCAUGGUCUCUUUCCCGGGCAUGCAAACCGAGGCGCAGAGCCUCAGGCCCGGACAGCUGCUGGACAUGUUCGACUCCACCUGGAGGGUCCGGAGCAUUUGGGACGGGGUGAGGCUGGAGGUGUCCGAGGACCGCAGCCCGGUGGUCCUGCACAGCUUCACACACCUGGACCCGGACCUGCCCCUGCUGGAGAGCUCGACGCAGGAGAUCGGCGAGGAGGCCGAAGACGAUGCCAUCUUCACCAUCACGCUGAGGAAGGUGCAGCUCCACCAGUCAGCCAGUAAGGGGCAGCGAUGGCUGGGCGUGGACACGGAGUCCGCCCUCAGCCUCUACGAGACCUGCAAGGUGCGCACCAUCAAGGCCGGCACGCUGGAGCGCCUGGUGGAGUACAUGGUGUCCGCGUUCAGGGGCAAAGACUCCACCUACGUCACCAUCUUCCUCUGCACGUACCGCUCCUUCGCCUCCACCCGGCAGGUGCUGGAUCUCCUGCUGCACAGGUAUGCGAAGCUGCAGAACGUCCCGCACACAGCACACAGAAUCUGCCAGGACGACUGCAUCGAGCUGAGGAACACGGUCUCGUCCAUCCUUGGUGCGUGGUUAGACCAGUACUCCGAGGACUUCUGGACCCCUCCGAACUACGACUGUCUGCACCAGCUCCUGUCCUACCUGCACUGCCACUUCCCCGGCUCGGACCUGGAGCGCCGCGCACGCAACCUUCUGGCCCACUUCCACCGCCGACAGCAGUGUGAGCCCGACCCUGACGGGGAACACAUCGGCUGCCCUUUCGCCACGCAGGAAGAGAGCGGCUUCGAGGACGAGCUUCCUGGGUUCAGCUUCCUGUCGUUCGAUCCCAUCAUGGUGGCCGAGCAGUUCACGCUCAUGGACGCGGAUCUGUUCAAGAAGGUGGUCCCGUAUCACUGCCUGGGCGGGAUCUGGUCUCAGCGGGACAAGAAGGGGAAGGAGCACCUGGCCCCCACCAUCAGAGCCACCGUGGCUCAGUUCAACUCCGUCACCAACUGUGUCAUCACCACCUGUCUGAGCAACCCGGCGCUGAAGCCCAACCAGAGAGCGCGGCUGCUGGAGAGGUGGAUCGACGUGGCCCGGGAGUGUCGGAUUCUGAAGAACUUCUCCUCUUUGCGAGCCAUCCUCUCCGCCCUGCAGUGCAACGCCAUCCACCGCCUGAAGAGGACCUGGGAGGAAGUCUCCCGGGAGAGUUUCCGCACCUUCCGCGAGCUGUCCGAGAUCUUCUCCGACGACAACAACUACUCGCUCAGCCGGGAGCUGCUGGUGAAGGAGGGGACGUCCAAGUUCGCCACCCUGGAGAUCAACCCCAAACGAGCUCAGAGGAGACACCAGCAGCAGAGAGACCUGGGAGUGAUGCAGGGGACGAUCCCAUACCUGGGGACCUUCCUGACCGACCUGGUGAUGAUGGACACGGCCAUGAAGGACUACACGGAGGGCGGACUCAUCAACUUCGAGAAGAGACGGAAGGAGUUCGAGGUGAUCGCUCAGAUCAAGCUGCUGCAGCUGGCCUCCAACAACUACAGCUUCACUCAGGACAGUCACUUCAGAGAGUGGUUCGCAGGCGUGGAGAAGCUCAGCGAGGCCGAGAGCUACAACCUCUCCUGUGAGAUCGAGCCGCUGUCAGAGUCGGCGAGCAACACGCUGAGAGCCAAGAAGAACGGAGGGAUCAUGAAGCGCUGGAGCGACCGGCAGCUGACGGAGGCCGGCUGCAGCAGCGCCUCCAGCUCUCACUCCAAGUCCUUCGACCACUCGCACUACAGGCCGUACCAAGGAGGAGGCGGUGGCGGUGGAGGCGGAGGGGGAGGCGGCGGCGGUGGCGGUGGCGGUGGCGGGGGGGACAGCGGAGACGCCCUCAGUGUCACCUCCGUCAGCUCCAGCGGGUCAGACCUGGAGGACGUCAACGCCAGCUUCCUGUCCGACUCCCCGGAGGGACACGAGAGAAAGGUGAGACCAAAUCUGACGUCGACUCCCUCAGUAAAACUCACCGUCUCUGCGUUGGGGCGUGAAGCUCCUGCGGCCGACACGACGUCCACGUUCUGGGAGUGCACGUCUCUCUCGUCUCUCGACACCUCGGGGACGGGGUCCAGCUCCGGGUCGGCCUCGGGGUCCAGCUCCGCCUCCUCCUCCUCCGUCUCCUCGUCCACGCCGCUGUCGGCGUCCCGCUCGCACAAACGCUCGGUGUCGGCGGUGUCGAACUACUCCACUCUGUCUCUGCCGCUCUACAACCAGCAGGUGGACGACUGCUGCAUCAUCAGGGUCAGCCUGGACGUGGAGAACGGGAACAUGUACAAGAGCAUCCUGGUGACGAGUCAGGACAAGACUCCGGCCGUCAUCAGGAAGGCGAUGAUCAAACACAACCUGGAGCGAGAGAAGACGGACGAGUACGAGCUGAUGCAGAAGAUCUCAGAGGACAAAGAGCUUCGGAUCCCGGACAACGCCAACGUUUUCUACGCCAUGAACUCCACUGCCAACUACGACUUCGUGCUGAAGAAGCGCGGCCUGGCCCGCCCGGUGCGCGCCAAAAACGUGGCGAGCUCCACGCUGCCACGCAUGAAACAGAAGGGACUGAAGAUCGCCAAAGGGAUUUUCUGAGGAGACAAACUCACGCCUCUUCCUGCCUCCCCUCCUCCUCCUCCCCCUCAAACCCUCUCCGGUUCCUCUCUCCUCGGAGGAAACAUUUCUGUCGGGGGUCUGCGUGAGGCGAACUAACCGGAGACACGAGCGAGAAUCUCUGUGGAUUAUCAGGACGCAGACGGGCAGACGAGCAGACGAGCAGGCGAGCACCUUAGCACUUCCAGCAGCUGUGGAGGAUCCUCCAAAGACAGAGCGGCGAGAGGUGACUGUGAGGCCGCCGACAGAGGGUGUUUGUGACGAACGAGUCGGACUCUGCGGCGUCACGUGUCGGCGUGUCGGCGUGAAGUGGAGCAGAUCGUUUCAUUUCUGGAUUUUGUUUACAAACGUUUACAUCCCAACAUCUGGACUCGCUCUCUGACGCUUCUGUUCCUCCAGAGGAGCUCUGCACCUUUUUUCAAAACUCCCUCUGCGGCCUGCGCCCUCCUCCGCCCUCACGCCACGCCCCCCCCCUGCUGGCACGGAGUGUACAUAAACAUUACACGAAGCCACGGCGUGCGAUUACACACACACACACACACACACUCACAGGCGUGUGUGUGCACAGCUGAGUGUUUCGAAUGUGUUUCUACUCUUCAGGGAACUUUUGUGGUGAGUGUACCGCCGCCUUUACCGUGUCGCCCCCGCGGGGGGUGGGGGGGGUCGCUCCUGAUGUCCACGGCGUUUCUCUGAACUCUCCGCCCGGACGAGGAGGAGGGAACACUUUGACUUCUGAACGCUGCCAUGUAACAAAAACAAAAAAAGAACAGGUGGAGACUUUAGAGACGAACAGCCAUGAUCACACUGUUUGCUUUUUUUGAUAAACUGAACGGAGACCACUACACGCUGAAGUCCUGGGACCCCUCAGCGGGGACGGACUGAGAGAAGAAGAAGAAGAAGAAGAAGAAGAAGAAGAAGAGGAGGAGGCGAGCUGAAAACAAACUGAGUGUAAAUACCUUGAACACCACGUGUGCAGUAUGUUCUGUGGAGACGGAGAUUUUGUUCAUAGACUCGUCACGAUAUCUUUUUGAUUUUGCUUUGUACGUUCUGUGUGUUUUUGCAUCUCUCUGCUCUGAUAUGGUGCUGCUAAUUAUUCCUCUGAAGAUGUCGUUCCCCGCCGCACUUCACCGCUUUCUCUCCGCUGACGGCCGCCGCCGCGUUGGAAGACGACGCAAACGUCUCUGCGUAACCUGCAGCGUGAGGCGUUCAAUGUCAGGUUUGCUGAGUCAGAGAAAUGAAAGUCUGCACGAAAACAGAGAAAGAGUUAAAUAAAUAACUAAACCUCAGUCACAGACGAGAUGAAGAAUUAUUAAAUAUUAAUACAAUUAUCUGUAAUUGAUGCAAAAAUAUCAAAGUAUUCAGUUUUAAUUGGUUGAAAAAGCUUCUAAAAAUAAUUAAAAGAAUAAAUAAAUAAGACUCAGACUCACCGAUUUGAAUUUCCUGAAACAGCAAACUGGUGUUUUAUUGAAACCCCUGCACAGGAAAGAGACAGAGUUAGUGUUUGAAUUCUUCCAACAUGGCGGCUCCUCCUUCACCUCCAUCGUAUCCACUCUUUCUGAAUGUGCCAUGACAGGCGAGUGUGUUUCAGAGACACACCGACGAGUCCCGCUGAUUUAUCCUGCAGGACGUUCUCUCAGCUGUGGAGCGAGGACAGCAGAGUCUUUCCUCUCUGGGCUCUCUCUCUCUCUAUCUCCUUCCUUCUCUCUCUCUCUCUCUCUCUCUUUGGGGACCUAGUCAGAGGUUUAGUCGUGGGAUGAGCCCAGAUGUAGACAGUGAAGCUGCCAAACUGCACGAGAGUAACGUCGCUCUCCUCUCUGGUCUCUGCGCUGUCCCUGAUCUGUUUCUUUAGAGGAGAAAUCCAACCUGAGACGAGUUCUCUCCGACCUGACGACAGAGCUGUGUUUGGUGACGUGCUCUCUGUUUCUUUGGGUGCGUUUUGAUUUCAUUUCUUUUGUCAAGAAACAAAAAUCUCUGACAUUGAGUCCCAAAAAAUGUAACAAAAGCAGCUUCUAGGUGAGACCAGCGCCUACGACUUUCCCAGCAAAUAUCAGCUCCCACAUUUAGUCUGCUGUGCCAAUGCAUCCAGGACUAGCUUUCACACACAAGCAGGUGUACUUCUUGUCACCAGGACCUUCUUUUAAUGUAACCUUAAACCUCACAAACUUUGUAUCCCAGUCCUUAUGGCAUCACUUAACAGCUUCUGCAGGUUAAAUCAGUCCUGACAAGCUCAGCUCUGCAGCUUUAUAGCACAGGUUAAUAUGCAUUUGUAAGGGCCUGUGUCCACUGACAGCGCCUCCAUAGUCAGUUUCAAAAAUCUGAGUUCAGUUCUUCCAGGCAAUGAAAUGCAUCAAAUGACUUCUCUGGAACCUGAAGAACAAGAGAGAUAAAGCCUUCAUUUUUAGUGUUUUGGGUAAUUUAUACCUUAAAACACCAUAUGAGAUCAGAAAUUGUCGAAUUUGUCUUAAGGGCCUGUGUCCAGUGGCACUUCUGCUUUCUUGAAAGCCAGUUUAAAAAAGAACCUGAGGAACAACAGACUUGAAGCCUUAAUUUUGAGUGUUUUGGACAAUUUGCACCCUUCAAAACAUCAUAUGUCUACAAAAUAGUCAAAUUUAGCUUAAGGGCCUGUGUCCACUGACAGAACUUUGAUAGCCAGUUUCAAAAGUGAAGGGAGCAGAAGUCUGAGUUCAGUUCUUGCAGGCACUGAAAUGCAUCAAAUGACUUCUCUGGAACCUGGAGAACAACACAGUUGAAGCCUUAAUUAAUGGUGUUUCAGGCAAUUUGCACCUUAAAAACACCAUCAAGUU